CCACCCCUUUUUUCUCACCUUCAUUUCUCACAUAAUGGUUCCUCGCGGGAAACCUGACGUCACCGCAACAGCCACCGCCGCCGCCGUCAAUGGCGCCUCCGAGACUCGCUACCGCGGCGUUCGCAAGCGUCCGUGGGGCCGUUACGCAGCUGAGAUCAGAGAUCCAGGUAAAAAAAGCCGUGUAUGGCUCGGUACGUUUGAUACUGCGGUUGAGGCGGCGCGUGCGUAUGAUACCGCGGCGCGUGAGUUUCGCGGUGAUAAAGCAAAGACGAAUUUUCCGUCGCCUAACGAAUUCUGCCUCCCAAACACCGCCGUAACCGUCGCCGGAAAGAGGAUUGUGACUAAAAGCCGUAGCGGCGAGAGCAGCACCGUCGAGUCGUCGUCUAACUCCGCCGCUCCGAACGCUCCAAUCACCGUCGUUCCGGUGCCUGUUCCUCCGGCUCUCGAUCUUCGUCUCGCGCAAUCGCACGCACGCUACGGUUUUCCGAUGGCUCAUUCGUUGUUCCUGUUUCAUUCGCAGAUCGAUCACAUCGCUAACCGCGGUAACCGCCUCAAAUCUGACGGAUCUAAACCUAAUUUGACAAUCGGAACCGGUAACGGCAACGGUAACGGUUCUCAAUCGGACUCUGACUCAUCAUCGGUGGUUAAUUUUAGUAAUCCGGUGAGUUCCGAUCGUCCGAAAGCGGAGAAACCGUUUGCUCUCGAUCUGGAUCUGAAUUUUCCACCGGCAGAAGUCGCCGGAAUGUAGUUUUUGUUUAACUUUUUUCAUUUCAGAGCAUAUGAAACCCUAAAGUUUAGAAAAAAAAUAUGAUAUAAUAUGAUAAUAUAAGAAUGUGUUAGGAUUAAUUAAAAAAAGUUUAAGAGCAGCCUGAUAAUGUUUUUGAUGCGCUGAUAAUGUUAAUGUUACUACAUCUUUGUUCCGAUUGUAUAUAUACAUGAACACAGAAUGUUAAAUUCUGCAAUUUUAAGUUGUGUUA